AUGGCUUAUUUCACGAUUGUUACAUCGCCAUUCCAAUCCCAGGUGUCUGACCUGCUGCCUUGCAACAACAAUGCGAAAUCUGUGCUCAUUUAUACCAUGCUCAAAUCGUAUGGACUCUUAGAACAUUUUAACGAAGUCAUAGACCUGCCCGGCUGCACAGUAUCCGAUAUUCGUCAAUUCCAUUCUAGUGAGUAUUUGAAGGUACUUCUAAACUCCCAGCUUGACGAAGAAGAAGUGCAUGAAAGUUCUAGCAUCCAGGAUCAAGAAUGGAUGAAUAUGGCUUCAACGGCCAGCAAUUGGGAGGAUGAGGCGCAUAAUAACCAUUCGACUUUCUCAGCGCCAUGGUUUCCUUCAAAGCGUGAACUGAAGAAGUACUACUCGGAUAAUGCGAGCUUUAAGGAAGAAGCCUCGAGUUUCAAACAAGAGCGUUGGAAAAUAAUAUUGGAUCCUGAGCAUCAUGAUUCCGAUAAGGGCUUAGAGGAAGAAAAGCAAUCUCUUUGUGCAGAGAUACUUGGAAAAUUUGGGCUUUCCCAUGACUGCCAUAUUUUCCAAUAUUUGCCUACUUACUGCUACGUGACAACCGGUGCUACGUUAGCUUUAGCGCGGCCAGCUGUCUCGCGACAGAAGCGCACGAUUUCCAUCAACUGGGAUGGUGGACGGCAUCAUGCCUUAAAAUCAAAGGCAAGUGGAUUUUGUUUUGUCAAUGACAUCGUACUUCUCAUCCAGAAACUACGGAGACGCGGUAUUACCAGCGUGAGCUAUGUGGAUUUAGACCUUCACCACGGAGAUGGCGUGGAACGCGCAUUUCAAUAUUCUGCCAAUGUUCAGACAAUAUCGGUUCACCUGCUGGAGCCAGGGUUUUUCCCGGGAUCAGGAAGUGUCAAGGAGUCACAGAACGGCCAUAAGAUAGUCAACCUACCGGUUCUGCAUGGUUUUAGCGACAAUGACCUCGCAAAACUUGUAGAUCAAGUAAUACUUCCCUGCAUCGAGCACCAAAAUCCGCAAGUUAUCGUAAUUCAAUGUGGAGCCGAUGGUUUGAUGGGGGACAAGUACGGCGAGUGGCAAUUGACUAUAAAAGGUUUGUCGGAAAGUAUUUGCGCGAUCAUCCGAAGAUUUCCACAGGCUAACGUAGUUCUUCUCGGGGGUGGAGGCUAUAAUAUAAACCUCACGAGCCGAUUUUACACUUACUUGAGUUGGAAACUUCUUGCGGAAUUCUCUGGAAAUCAAUACCCCAAUCCGUUCAAAGAAGAUGAGGAUACAAUCCCAGACCAUGAAUUUAUUGACUUUUAUAAAGAUGAGUUUUACAAGUUCUGGUACUAUGAUGCUGAAGGGUGCCAAACCAAUUUCUUGAAAAAUGAUAACAAUGCAAAGGCCCUAAACAAACUAGUACAGUUUUACGAUCCGACACGCACCUCGUCUCGGUACUCACCGUCUAAUCAAAGAUAG